AUGUCAGUCUCCAGAGCUAUUACCAAAGGUGUAUUCAAGAAGGUACCAGUCACUACACCUUCUGGAAUGAUGAUGACUACAACUAGGUCAUCUCCAUUCUUUAUCAAAUCGACCAGGAGUAGGACCUUCGCCACUGAGAACCCCAACAAGUUUACCUAUGAUCCCAACUCACAGUCGCCGUUCCAACGUAACAUGCCGGCCAUUGGUCUAGGUGUGGCGGUGGUCGCUGCUGUCUGGUACUUCAUGUACAAGUCACCCAAGAAGGAGAGUAACACCAUGGAUGACAAAGCCAGGAGAUAG